AUGGCCGUCGCCAAGAGCAAGGCGGGCAAGCACGCCGCCCCGCUGCUCGGCAAGUACGAGCUCGGCCGCCUCCUCGGCCGCGGCACCUUCGCCAAGGUCUACCACGCGCGCUCCCUCGUCGGCGGCGAGGCCGUGGCCAUCAAGGUGCUCGACAAGCCCGAGCUGGCCGCCACGGCCGGCAUGGACGCGCGCGUGCUCGGCGAGGUCUCCGCCAUGCGCCGCCUCCGCCACCCCAACGUGCUGCGCCUCCACGAGGUGCUCGCCACGCGCUCCAAGGUCUACCUCGUCAUGGAGCUCGCCCCCGGCGGCGACCUGCUCUCCAGGCUCGCCGCGCUCCCCAAGCGCCGCCUCCCCGAGCACGCCGCGCGCCGGGUCUUCCUCCAGCUCGUCUCCGCGCUCAUCUACUGCCACGCGCGCGGCGUCUCCCACCGCGACGUCAAGCCGCAGAACGUCCUCAUCGACGCCGACGGCAACCUCAAGGUCUGCGACUUCGGCCUCGCCGCGCUCCCGGAGUCCCACCGCGACGACGGACGCCUGCACACCGCCUGCGGCACGCCCGCCUUCGCCGCGCCCGAGGUGCUCCGCCGCAAGGCCUACGACGGCGUCAAGGCCGACGCAUGGUCCUGCGGCGUCAUCCUCUACGUCCUCCUCGCCGGCCGCCUGCCGUUCGACGACUCCAACAUCGCCGAGAUGUGCAUGAAGGCGCACCGCCGCGAGUACACGCUCCCGGAGUGGGUGUCCCAGCCGGCGCGUCGCCUCGUGAGCCGCCUGCUCGACCCCAACCCAGCCACCCGCCUCACGGUCGCCGAGCUCUCCAGCCACCCGUGGUUCAAACGGUCGCUCAGCCUCGACUCGCAGCUCGGCAGCCUCCUCGGCGGCGCGCCGGAGCGCGACCUCCUGUUCCAGGCCCCGCCAACACUCAACGCGUUCGACAUCAUAAGCAUGUCGCCGGGGCUCGACCUGUCGGGACUCUUCGGGGAGAACCGGCGGAGCCGGGAGAAGCGGUUCAUGACGACGGCGUCGCCGGAGCAGAUGGUCGAGCAGCUCGGGCACUCGGGCGCAAAGCUCGGUUACUUCAUGGUGGGCAAGAAAGGAGUAGAGCGCCUUCCACUAGGCGGCCUGUCAGGGCUCGUGGCCAUGUCCAUGGAGAUGUCGGAGGUGGCACCACCCCUGAUGCUCGUCGAGCUUCGGCUGGAGGCAGGCGACGACGAGGAGGUCCAGGCGUUCGGAUGGGACGAGCUUAGGACGGAGCUUGGGGAGGUGGUCAUGGCGUGGCAUGGAUGCGAGGAAUUGUGA